AUGAGUGUACGAAUCCCUACUCGAAACGGCCCUUCUCAGGGCAGCGACGCAGACCUCAAAGUCAUCUUCUGGAACGCUGGAGGUCUAAGCAACAGCAAGUUUUUAGAACUCAAACGAAGCGUUCUCGAAAAGAACGUUGAUAUAUAUGUCAUUGUAGAGGCAGGAGCCGCUACAGACACACCUCACCUCUACUCUACAGUUAGCUAUUUAACCCAUGUGCUGAAGAGGAGUCGACAAGUAGCGUCAGGAAUUAUCAUCGGAAUCAAAACCCCUCUAGUAUAUAAUAUACCUGCAUUGGAAUUGGUAGAGCAACAAAUCCAGCCAAGUACCAUCAUAAUUGGAGAUUUCAAUAGUCCAUCCACGAGAUGGGGCUACUCUAGAACCACCAACGUUGGGAAACACCUCGAGGACUUUUUGGAUAACAACUAUCUUGAUGUAGUGAACACCCCACCUACGUUCUUAUCGUUUAGAGGAAGUCAAUCAAGGCCCGAUCUUGUCGUAACACACCCACACAUUACAGGGAAGACCAGUGUAACCCUCCUGGACGACGCAGCAGGCUGCGGUCACCGCGCUCUGCUAGUGACAUGCAAACUGGCAAAGGACAAAAAAGCCCAAAAUCGCGCCCCGCGCUGGAAUUUUAAAAAGGCGGAUUGGAAAAAGUACAGGGAAUGCACAGAUGAAGUCCUUACUCAACUAACACUACAAGAACCAGAAGAAGCAGCAAAGAAAGUAACCGAGGCCAUACUUAAAUGUGCAAAAGAGUGCAUACCGCGAGGUCAAAUUAAGGGCUAUAAGACUUUCUGGUCCCCAACGCUAUCCAAAUUGAAAGCUUCCAGAAAUAAAGCCAGGGGCAAAGCUGAAAAAUCCAGAUAG